GAAAAACUAAAGGAAAUCAGACGUUACUCUUCUCCUACCGGUGACGCAAAUCAAAGGGUGGCGCAUGCUUUUGCUGAAGGUCUUGAGGCACGGCUGGCUGGAGCUGAGUCGCAACUUUUGGCUUCAAUAUCACUUCGCAAGAUGAAUUGUGUUUCAAGUUAUGCUUCCGAAUUAAUGAAAUCCCACUUGUCAUCAUCUUUGCCAUUUCUGAGGUUAUUUGUCUUCUUUGCGAAUAAAAUGAUUUACGAAGUAGCAUCGAAAGCCACAUCACUGCACAUUAUAGAUUUCGGCAUUCUUCAUGGUAUUCAGUGGCCAACUCUUAUUCGAGAUCUUUCACAAAGACACGGUGGUCCUCCAAAACUUCGAAUAACUGGGAUUGAGCUUCCCCAACCUGGUUUUCGUCCAUCUCAAACAGUAGUGGACACUGGUUGUCGCUUGGCUAGAUAUUGCAAGCGCUUUAAUGUACCGUUCGAAUACAAUGCCAUAACUGCGAAGAAUUGGGAGGCACUUAAGAUGGAUGGCUUUAAGCUCGCACGAGGAGAGGUGGUUGCUGUUAACUGUAAUGAUCGAUUCAAAGAUCUACUAGAUUUGACAACAUCUGGUGAGGAUAGCCCCAGGGAUGAUGUUUUAAACUUAAUUCGGGAAUUAAACCCUCAUAUUUUUGUGCAUACAACGAUUAGUGUAUGUCACAACUCUCCUUUCUUUCUCAAUCGGUUCCAAUCUGCUCUCUUCUACUACUCUGGUAUCUUUGAUAUGUUUGACGCUAUUUUCCCACGCCAUGAUUGUUUAAGGUUACAUUCUGAACAAGCAAUUAUGGGACCCGUCAUAAAAAAUAUCGUAGCAUGUGAGGGCAAGGAAAGGUUUGAAAGACCUUAAACAUACAAGCAAUGGCAAAGUCGCACUUUGAGGGCUGGGUUCAAGCCUCUGCCCCCAAAUUCUGAACUCGUGAAGAAGUUAAGAGACAAGGCGCGGGAAGCAUUUCGUUUGUUGUGGGUCGCGCCUGCGGUGAAACCAAGGCAUUGAAUUAUCCUUCCUAGAUUUUUUAGGAUGGAACCUGAGUUCUUAAUAUAGUAACCCCUCUAUCUCUGAAUAAAUUGUCUUUUCUUUUGUACAUGUAGAAAGAAAAAACAUAAAAUUUGUAUUCAGAGAUGAAGUAUUAGACAUCAUUAAACUCAGACAAGGAAUUUGAUCUGAAUAAUCCCAAAUGAUGUUGACAAACUAUAACUAGGUGGAAAUGCUAAAAAGCAAGUGGACACGGACACAAAGAUAAGGGCAAAAGCCAAUGUCUCCUAUGGAAAGAGGAAAAUGUGAUUGAAGAAGAACAAGUGAGCAACAUAUCCCCAACAGUGGAAAUAGAAGAGGUUGACAGUGGAAACUCUUCAAAAGUUGACGUGGGGCCCUUGAAUGCUGGCAGUCCACCACGAGUACGCCAUUCUCUCUCUCAAAUGCUGAUGGAGGAAAGCAGUGAACCUGAGAUUGUGGAGUGGGGGAAUGCAGAGAACCCGCCAAACAUGGUGUAUCAGAAGGAAGCGCCGAAAGGGUUCAAGAGACUCCUUAAGUUUGCGAGGAAGAGUAAGACUGAUGGUGAGGGAAUAAGUGAUAGUGAUAUUCAUGGAUCAAUAUAGUGAUAUGAUGGAUCGAUUCAGGUUAGCUGACACCAAUUUUCGGAAAUAAGCAUCGAGAUCGUUUUUCCCUCUUUCAGCAUUCAAGGGGAGCAAGCAUGGCGAAUCUAAGCAUCGAUAACACACAGUGGUCCUAAUCUUAUCGUCUCUCAUAAUCAGUGUAACUUUAGCUUCGGCCACAUCCAAAGAGAGGUGGUGGAGUACAUGCUGUAGCAUAUCUUGUUCAUAUGCACUUCAUAGAUCUUACUGUUUUUGCUUGAAGAUUCAUCCAUUUUAUUCAUCAAUAGAAACCAAGGUUUUUUUGUAAGAUAAAAACCAAUGUUGAAUAUGUAAUUUUAUGCAGCCUGAUCGUUUCUUUAUAUCCUGUACAAUAAGUUUGCAAUUUAAUGCUAAGCAGCCUGACCUUUUGGAGCCUGUCUGG